AUGGAAAUUCAAUCUGCCACAUGUGUAAGAAUUCAUUCAUAUGGCGAUUUAGACUCAAUAAUAGUUGAGCAAGUCCCAAUUCCCGAACUUGAAGACACUCAAAUAUUAGUAAGAAUUGAAUGCGCUCCAAUCAAUGUUAGUGAUCUCUCCAGAGCUUUUGGCCACUAUAAUAGGCAAUCUCUUCCUCAUAUGUUGGGGAUAGAAGGAAGUGGGACUGUUGUAAAAAGCGGAAGCCAUCCUUAUGCUCAGUCUCUUCUUGGCAAAAGAGUUUCAUUUGACUCUACUGUCCUUGGCUUUGGAACUUAUUCAGAUUACUCAGUUGUUUCUGCAUUCAAUGCUUUUCCAUUAAGAGAUUCAGUAACUUUUGAGCAAGCAGCAAGUUUAAUAAUAAACCCAAUGACUGUUGCUUUAAUGGUCGAAAAAUUAAAAAAAAGAAAUUAUACAUCAGUCGUCCUAAAUGCUGCGGCUUCAGCUUUAGGAAAAAUGCUUAUAAGAUGAUGUAAAUUGCUUAAUAUAAAAACAGUGGGUUUAGUACGAAGGCAAGAACAAGUUGAUAUAUUGUCUUCAAUUGGAGCUGACUAUGUAUUCAAUACUUCUGAUGAAGGAUGGCAAGAUGCUGCUAAAGCUUUAACAACUCAGCUUGGGACAAAAAUUGGCUUUGAUGCAAUUUGUGGAAGCGCAACUCAAGAGAUGCUGGACUUAUUAGAAGAUAAAGGAGUUUUGUAUAUUUAUGGCGGACUUUCAGGGCAGCUAAUCCAAGUUAGUCCUUUAAGUUUUGUUGUAGGUGAUAAGGCAAUUAAAGGAGUUUUCCUUCAUGCAUGAAUCAAUAAUAUGCCUAUAGAGAAAAAGGCAGAAUUCGGGUAUCAAAUACAAGAUUUGAUUGGAGAUGCAUUGAAGACUGACUAUCAAUCUGAAGUGACGCUAGAUGGUGUAAAAGAUGCACUUAAGCAAUAUGCAGGCAAAAAGACUGAUAGCAAAUUCUUAGUGAGGCCAAAAAGAGAUUAA